AUUCGCUAGUGAGAACUCGCAGAAGAAUCUGAGUACUUGGGGACAAGGCGACUAUGGUGCGGGUAUCAAUUCACAAUACGCUUUCUUCGAAUCUGCGUCGCACGAUCUUCUGUCACAUGCAGGUGACGCUGCUGUUGUACUGCGCCCUGGCUGUGGCCACACCUGCCGUGGCGCAGUCGGACGAGUGUCCCUGCACCGUGGGCCCCUCUGGCAGGGACGAGGUGGCAGACUGCGACACCCAGCAGAUCGGCGACGAACUGCCGGACUGCCUGCCCGCCAACGUCACCAUCCUCCGGCUGUCCGGAAACCUCAUCACCCAGCUCGACAACACGACGUUCGCCUCGCUGCCCGACCUGAUGCGCGUCGAGCUCUACAUGAACCAAAUCAGUUCUGUUGCUGCCGACACUUUCGUCAACAACCCGGCUGUCAUACAGGUUUUCCUCAACAUCAACAACCUCACGGAGCUUCUACCCGGAACAUUCUCGUACACGCCCCUACUCAACUCGCUGUACCUGGACUAUAACAAUCUGACGCAGCUGGAUGGCAGCAUCUUCUACAACAACACCGAACUGACUUACCUGAGUGCGGAGUACAAUCUGCUGACGAGCCUGGACCGCAGCUCGUUCGCGGAAGUGCCCUCUCUGCGGUACCUGCUGCUGUGCGGCAACAGGCUGGAGUACGUGGCGGGCGACGCAUUCGCGGACCUGCCGCUGCUCAGGGAGCUGCACCUCUGCGAGAACAGCCUGGUGCAGCUGGAGCCCGGGCUGUUCUCGCCCCUGCCGCAGCUCACCAUCCUCUGGCUGGGAUCCAACAGCCUCGUCGACUUGCCGCUAGACGCCUUCGUAAACGGGAGCUCUGUGAUCGAGUACGUGUUCGUGGAGAACAACGCGCUGCAGGCGCUGGACGCGGCGCUGGUGUCUGGGUGGCCGCGCCUCCUGGGGAUGCGUCUCUAUGGCAACCCAUGGCUGUGCGACUGCUCGCUGCAGCCGGCCGUGCAGUGGCUGUCGUCCCAGCUGUGGGCCGGCGUGCCCAGCGGCUACUGCGCAGCACCGCCGGAGCUGCAGGGGCAGCUGCUGGCGGACGCCGUGCCGCCCCUCUGCUGCGGCGCCGACUGCAACUCCACCACCACGGAAGAAUCAGACACCAGCACCACUGCGAGCGGUCAGCCAUAGACCGAGGCGCCGUGGAGACUACUGCUCACGCCACGAUCUAGCAUUUAACCAUAACUGUCUCUCUUAACUACAAACAGGACGUGAUAUGUAGUUUGCAAAAUGCGGCAUUUAAACAGCGAUUUAUGAGUAAAUACACAGCUAACUAAUUUCAGAGAUAGCCAAAGAAAAUUUUGCACAUGUUGUAAUUUUGUUAUUGAUUAUAAUAUGGAUUAUUUUUUGCUUUACGUGUCACUUCCAAUAUGUGGUAGGAUCUCCUUAGUAAUUAAAUAAAUACAUCUCUGUACCAGUUUUUUAAUAUCAGUUUCCGAACUCAAAAAGAAAGUUGUUAUUUAUUUCUAUGACACAAAGCAAUUUUCGUUUCAAAAAAUUUAAAUAAAUUUGUCAAUAACGU